AUGGAUAACAAAGUAAACGACAUUAGUAAUAAUAAAUUAAGAGCAAAUGAUAUUAAGGAUGAUUCUAAAUCCCCAGAAGGUACUUCAAUAAUAGAAUCAAAUGAAUCAAAUAUUAACUCGAGUUCUAAUACAACUCGGGAACCAAGCCCAGUGAAAGAAUCAUGCGACAUUAAUUCUUCUCAAAAUGAAAUCUUUUUAUACGAUCCAGCUGCUUCACAAGAAUUCUGGGAUGAUUAUUUGAACAAUACUCCGUAUAUUGAUUAUGAUGAAGAAGAAGAUAUUUGGAAAUAUUAUUAA